AUGCCUCUCUGCGAUCCCAAACAUUCAUACGAGGUAUAUACACCACUCUCUAUCUAUCCAUCCAUUAAACACCUCGUAGACACCAUGACCGUCGUUCAAAAACUUCGAGAUCACCUCGAACAACAUCCCAAGCUCAAACAAGCCUUUGAAGAGAGCUUUCAACUCGCGAGCAAACUCAACAUUCCCCAAUUCACCGAAUACAACAUCCGCACACCAGCCGACUACCUCGACUUUUACGAAAAGCUCUUGCGAUGGACACCCAGCGAAACUUCGAACGGCAAGAGUGUCUACAACCACCUCUGCAUGUUCUAUUUCGUCCUCGACCAAGAACCGAUGAAAAGGUACCAGGUCAAAGAGGUCCCCAAUCCUUCCCCCGCCAAGACGUGGCUCUCCGACUGGCUCGUCCAGUACGCACAAGAGCUCGGCAAGUUUAUGGACUCGCCCGAGUCCAUCAACGACGAGACGAUCAAGACCUUUUACGCCUCGGAGGCGUACCACAUGGACGACUACCCGGUCGUAUUGGGCGGCUGGACGACCUUUAACGAGUUUUUCGCCCGGCAUAUUUAUAGCCACAAGAGGCCUAUUGCGAGUCCUCUAGAUCCCACUGUUAUCGUUAGCCCUGCCGACGCGACGUUUGCAGGUUGCUGGCCCGUUGACGAAAAUGGCAUUUUCACGUCCAAAGGUCUUCCGUGGAGCAUUGUCGAUUUGCUUCAGGAUAGCGAGUAUGGAGAGAGGUUUAAUGGUGGUCAGUUUAUGCACGCGUUCCUCAACACGACCGACUAUCAUCGCCAGCACUCGCCCAUCGCUGGUACCGUCAAAGAGGCCAAAGUCAUUCCCGGGUUAAAUUACCUCAAAGUCGAAGCAAAGCAAGAUGAAAGUGGUCGUCAUCAGCUUGGGAUGAGUCGUCAUCUAAAGGCGUCUGAUGGAGCGGGAUACCAAUUUCUCCAAGCCCGUGGUCUCGUCAUCAUUGACAACCCCGACAUUGGUCUCGUCGCUAUCUUGCCUAUCGGUAUGGCUCACGUGUCGUCCGUUAGGCUCAGCGUAAAGUCGGGAGACGUGGUGAAGAAGGGCAGCGAGAUUUCCUACUUUCAGUUUGGAGGGUCGGAUAUUGUGAUGGUGUUUCAAGCUGCGAGUCAGGUCAAAUUUCACGCACAAGAGGGCACGCAUUACAAUGUCGGCACCCAUAUUGCGACUGCCAAGCCCCUUCCGAAACAGAGGCGAUUCUACCGAUGGCCGGCGCUAUACUAA